GGCACGGCUUACUACGUCCAGGUCUCCGCCUACAACAUGAAGGGCUGGGGUCCCCCGCAAGCCUCCGUGCCCCCUUUUGCCAUCCCCUCCAACUGGCGGGAGUACGACGGCCGGGCUCCACGGAGAAGGGGACAAGCUGAAGCUCUGGACCAUCUCCUGGGCCAGGUGAAGACUGUCCACCAGCACUGCAUUUGCCAUGAGCCCUGCAAGAACCAGCCCCAGAGCAGGAAGCACUCGGUCUCCAAGAGCCUCAAGCACCUCUUCCACCCCGGCAGCAAGUUUCUCAAGACGUUGAAGCGGGGCCUCUACCUGACAGCCAUCUUCUACAAGGACGACAACAUCCUGGUGACCCAUGAAGACCAGAUCCCCGUGGUGGAGAUUGAUGAUACCUACUCCUGCCUGCUCAUGCAGGAUUUUCUCUGGUUCACUAAGGUGUCCUGCAUGUGGGAUGAGAUCCUGUGGCUGCGGCAGGGUGUCACUGUCUCCCAGUCAUCCUGCUCCUGCAUCCUGCAGACGCGCUUCAAGAUGCUGCUGGCCAUCUCACAAAUGCAGGGGCUGCUGGGCAUCCAGGACCUGGGGCAGGUCUUCUUCGAGCCCGUCAAAGACAAACAGGGCAACAUCCUCAUCAUCACCCUGAAGGAGGUAAAGACCAACCAGACUUUUGAGAGCGUCCGCUGGGUUCCCAUCUGCAAGCUGCAGACCAGCCGCAAGUCCGUGUCAUCGCCGGAGGAGCCCACCGCUCUGGACACGCUGCUGAUCUCCGUCCAGGACAAGCUGGCUUACCACCAGCGGAGCAGCCAUGCCCUCUCCCCGGGCCUCUACCUGGGCUACUUGAAGCUCUGCAGCGCAGUGGAUCAGAUCCGAGUGCUGGUGCCAGAGCAGCUCCCCAACAUCCUGUGCCACGUCAAGAUUCGCUCCAACCCAAACAUCUCCAGGGAGGAGUGGGAAUGGCUGCAGAAGAUGGCCAGUGUGGAGGAGCCCGUUCCUGCAGAGCCAGAGGCUGAGACCUCCCAGAACCACUUGUUUCAGGAGCUCCAAGUGGCCAUCAAGGAGCUGAUGACGCUGGUCAACAUCCCAUUGCAAGAGGCCAAAGAUUUCCGUCUGUACAGCCAAGAGGUGCUGGACUUUGGGGGCCAGGUCUCCUUCCUGCUGCUGCUGCCUCCAUCAGACGAUGUCUGCACUGCUCCAGGCCAGAACAACCCCUACACCCCUUCCUCCGGCUUCCUCACGCUGCCACUGCAGAUCUUUGAGCUUGUUCACUUCUUCACGUAUGACCGGGAGUUCAUCACCCAGUACUGCCAGGUGUCCGCCCUCCUGGAGCUGGAGUCGCUCCUCUCUCAGCAGAGCCUCAGGGAGGCCUUUUCCGACACCGAGCUCUCCACCGCGAAGCAGAGGCACCAGCAGGUUCAGGACUACAUCCAGCAAAUGGAGGAGAUCUGGCGUGAGAUGCGCUGGAUUAUGGAUGCCCUGCAACACGCCCGGUACAAGCAGCCCUCCUGCGGCGUGUCCCUCAGUGGCUUCCUCAUCGAGGCCGGCGGUGCAACGAAGGAGAAAACCCAAUCCACCUCAUCCCAUCUCGACUACCUUCCCUCCCCAGCACCCUCGCCAGAGACCAGCCGUAAGCUCAACUCCGACUCGCAUGGACUGUCGGACGAGGAGGGCUCAUCGGAGGUGUUCCUGGCCACCGACAGUGACUACGACUCCAGCAGGGCACAGAGCCCAAAGGAGCUCGACCUACUGUACUCCUCCUCGGGGCCUGAGUGCUGCAGCAGGAGAGUCACCCGCAUCCUGCGGGACAGUGCCCCAGAUGUCCUGCAGACCCAUGAGCUCAAGACCCCACCACCACCACCACCGCCGGAGGA